AUGCGUGACAAAGAUGGAAUUAUUUUUGAUCCAAUUGCACCACGAGCCGGUGAACGAUUAAUAGCCAAAUGUACACUUGUUGGUCUUACAGAUAAUGAUAAACGAAGUGUCAGUUGGGAAUUACAUCGUUUAAAUGAUCAAAAAAGAUUUUUUUUAGCAACAGAUGAUCAAGUAUUCCAAUUUACUCAACCAACUCGUCGUCUUUAUGCUGAACAUGCAUUAGAUUCAAGUGAUUGGUAUUUAAUAUUUGAUCCAUUAGAUCGUGAAGAUUAUGGUGAUUUAACAUGUAUGUUAGCUGAUACUGGUUAUAAUAAUUCAAUUUAUCUUCGACGACGUCUUAUUGUAUAUAGUGAACCAUUUGUUGUUCAAUCAUCAACUAAAGAUAUUGAAGUUAAUGAAGGUGAUAAUAUACUAUUAAAAUGUUAUGCUCAAGGUUUACCACCACCACAAAUUCAAUGGAUGAAAGCUGAUGCUAGUCCAUUACCAGAUGGAAAUAUUCGUGCUAUUGGUACUGUUGAACUUGCAAUAAAUGAUAUUCGAAAACAAGAUCGAGGAAUUUAUAAAUGUUUAGCAAUUAAUUUAGUUGGUUAUGGUGAUAUAUGGACUCUUAAAGUUAAUGUUAAAUUUCCACCAUAUAUUCGAUGUCCAUAUCCAAUGGUUGGACAAGCAAUUAAUUUUUUAGUUGAUAUAUAUGUUGAAUGUUAUGUACAUGGUUAUCCUCCACCACGUAUAACAUGGUAUAAAAAUGAUUAUGGUGGUCAAAUAUCAGAUCAAAUGAGUAUUGAUGUUCUUCGACCAAUAUGGAAUUCUUAUAAAUAUAAAAUUGAAGCAACAAUACCUGAACCAAAUAUUUGUACUGAUUGUAUAUUAUCACGUUUAACAGUAAUUAAUGUUUUAGCUAGUGAUUUGGGUUCAUAUGUUAUUAAUGCAACAACAAAUGAUAAACCUUAUCGAACAGCAUUAGCAUCAGUUUUUAUAUUUGAAACACCUGAUUGUCAACAAUUUAUAACACAUCGUAAUAAUAUUGGUUGUAAACGUAUUCGUUUUACAACUAGUAAAGCUUCAUCAAACAUUUUUCAAUAUUUUAUUUUCUUAUUUGGAUUUCUUACCAGAAUUUUAAUCUAA